UAUGGACGUCCAGCUGGUCUGCAGCACUUUGAGUCUACUGUUACCUGUUAUAGGAGCAGCUCUCGGCUCUGGAGAUGACGGCUGGUCCAUGAAUGUGCAGUCGGAGGUCCGAGCCAUCGAGGGCUACCCGGUGGUUCUGCCCUGCACCUUCAGCCACCCGCAGCACUCCCAGCAUUCCUCUCUGCAGGUGCUGUGGCGUCUGGGCCACGGGCAGGGCUCCACCGUCCUGUACCGCUGCACCAGCCGGCCCGGGGCUCCCACCUGUGAGCCAGGGCCCCAGCAGGACCAGCGCUACCGGCUGGAGGGCAACCCGAGGGAGCACGACCUGUCGCUGCGGAUCAACAGCGCCACCCUGCAGGACAGUGGACGAUACUACUGCAGAGUGGAGGUUCAGGGGCGAGAACAUGUCAGCUUUGAAGACAAGAUGGGAACCAGGCUGCGAGUGGAAGCUGGUCCAAAGAUCCUGUCUCUGUCAGUGGAGGGCAGUGAGCAGUCCGGGUACAGAGCGGUGUGUCGGGUCCAGGGCUCCCCGCUGCCGGAUGUCCAGUGGCUCGGCCCAGACGACCUGCUGGAGGGUUCUCCGGUUGUUCCUGUGGCUCAGGGCUCCGUGGCUCACUACCACACAGUCAGCCAGCUGAGAGACGUGGAACCGGGCCAGCAGUACACCUGCAGCGCCUCCAACCCGCUGGGCAAAGAGCAGGCCACCCUGUAUGUCCUGGCCCCCCGACCCCCGCUGCCUGUGACCGGGGCCUCGCCUGCUCUCCUGCUCCUCCUGUCGGUGUCUCUGGGUGCUAAGGUCAUCCUGCUGGUGGGGAUGGGGGUGUGGAUGGUGCAGGGAGGAGCUCUGCAGGGAGUCAGCUGCUGGUGGAAAUAAACAGCUCUGAUAUAAUUGAAUGUAAAUAGAACACUUUAUUUCAAGUCCCUUAUUAGCAUUCAUAAGCACUGUAUAAACAUAUAAUUCAUAGUUAAUAACUAUAAUGUGUUGUACGUAGAUAUUAGUUUUUAUUUCUGUAUUUGUUAAAUACUAUCUUGUUAACUCCACUCAUGUGGAGGCAGCUGUAUAAUCAGAUAUCAAACUAUGAUAUACUAAAACACUGUUAUAUAAUGAACAACGAAUAAUAAACACUUAAAAUGUCCUUAAAUCACUUUAAAAACCACAUUAUCUAGAGUUAUAAAGCAUUUACUAAAUUUUUGCAUACUGUUUAUCAAUGCUAAAUAUAAUAGUAAUGUGUGUAACAUGAAUUACCUAUAUUAUCCAUAUUUGUAGAGGAAAUUAUAAUUAUUAAUAAUCACUUGAUCUGAAAGGAGUUUCAGAGGCUUUACUGUCCUGAUGAAAACCAAUAAAGUCCUGAAAACUCUUCCUCCAA